AUGCGGGGAGCGGGGGCACAGCAAAGUAACGGGGCAGCUCUCAGGAUUUCACAAGAGAGGACCUUUACCCCUUAAUAAACCCCUGUUUGAGAUGGUGGCUGUUAGCAACCCCCUGUAUAUUAAAUAUUCCACAAUCUUUACAACGUAUCAUUAUCUCGGGGAGAGAGAAUGCGCAUCACUCUCAAAAUUUAAACCGCAUACGCAGAAAUUCGAAUUUUUUUGGACAAAUGCCUUUAUUAGGAUCAAGCAAAAUGUAUGAAAUUAGCAAGCAAACUUCCGAGUUCUCCAGAAUUCUUCCUCAGGCGGGAUGUGUUACAGAAAGAAAGAAAGAAAGAAAGAAAGAAAGAAAGAAAGAAAGAAAGAAAGGGAAAGAUCUGCGCGGCGGAGAGGAAGGGAAAAAACUUGGAUAAACGCGAAAAUAGAAAGAAAGAAAGAAAGAAAGAAAGAAAGAAAGAAAGAAAGAAAGAAAGAAAGAAAGAAAGAAAGAAAGAAAUGGGGGCGGAGAGAAAGAAAAAAACUUGGAUAAACGCAAAGAUCCCGAUGAUGUUAUAACAACAAGAUGACCCUCUUGCAGAUCGAUUGCCGCUUAUAAAGGGAAGAAAUUUGGGCUCCGCUAGGAAGGGGCGGCGUCGCCGUCGGGGCUCCUCCUCCUGCCGCGGCGGCGGCGGCGGCGGCGGCGGCGGCGCUUGUGUCUCCCUCUUGCGGGCGGCGGAAGAAGCCAGCCCUCGGCCUCGCUGCUGCGCCAGAACCACGAGGGACCCCCGGGAGAGAGGAAGGCGGCCGAGGCCGAGAGGAAGGUGGGGAGCGGCGGGGAGAAGGAGAAGGGUCGGCCGGGGAGGAGGGCGAGGGGGAAAGAUGGCCAGUGGGAGGGAGGGCGGUCUGGGAAGCGCCGAGCUGGCGGGAGAAGACCGGGAGAAAGUGGAUGUGUGGAGCCGGGGAGUGGGGAGGGCGAGAUCCGCGGAGGGCCGCCCCCACUUCCCGAAGGUGGAAGCAGGAAUGGGGGAAGCGCUUAGGGGAGCGGAAGGCUGUUCGGGACGGCUCCAAGGCCACGAGAGGCAGAGAUUCACCCGGUGAAGCUUGUAGAGUGGGGAAGACGCAGUAACAGAGGGAAGCAGCACCUGUUGAAUUUCAGCCUUCCCUGAAGCCGGGGGUGAGGGCGUGGCCUUAUCCUAAGAGGUGUGGGUUUGUCCCCUCCCGAUCGCUCAUGCAGCAAGAGCAGUUAACCCGUGGCUGGAGGAUGAUUAUGAUGGGGGGGGGGGUCCUAAGGCUUCCAUCACCUUUGGCCAUUGGCCAGGACAGCUGGGGUUGGUGGGAGCUGAAGUCCCCCACAAUAAAAUAUUUGAGGGACCGGGCGCCCCCAAAGUUGAUGAGUAUUCCCAUUCAAACGGUGUGGGUGCACUGCAUCCUGUGAACAAUUAUGUGGGGGCAGGACUUACCUGGACCCCCACAAUAUUUUAUUCAAGUUGGGGGGGCCUGCUGUAAACUAAUGUUAACGGAGAAAUUCCUGCAACAUUAAGAAUAGCUAGGUAGCCCAGGAAGGUUUGGUGGGAAGAGAGGGAGGAAGCUUGGGUGACUUGCCUCUUUCCCUGUUUCUCCCUCCCCAAAAUACAUUCCUUUUUAGGCCACCUCACAAUGAUCAUCCCAGUUCGGUGCUUCACCUGCGGGAAAGUCGUGGGCAACAAGUGGGAAGCCUACCUGGGCCUCUUGCAGGCGGAAUACACAGAAGGGUGAGUCCACAGGUUUGCCUCUUUGCUGUAUCUUCUAGGAUUUCUACCUUGUCUUUCUCUGUUGACCGGCUGAAGCAGGCCAAAGGCACAUCUAGCCCCGCAUCCUGUUAUCACAGAUAAUAACAACAACAACAACUUUUACGACACAACAUUUUGGGAUGAAAACUUUUAGUAUACCUGUAACGUUUUAAUGGUCUCCUUUCCCCAAUCUCUGUAAAUGGCUUCCAGACUCCUUCCAGUUGUUGUUGUUAUUUUGUUUGUAUCCCGCCCAUCUGACUGGGUUGCCACAGCCACUCUGGGCGACUUCCAGCAUAUACAAAAACAUAAUAAAACAUUAAACAUUUCCCUAUACAGGGCUGCUGCCCUCAGAUUGUGGGAUAAAUUGGAUAAAACUGACUAACUCACUACAUUGGACAUGGGUGUUUAUCUGGGUCUCCAGUCCAGAGCAGGCCGCUGGUGAAAGGCGCAGGAGCAGAGGGCCGCAGAAAGGUUGGCAAUCCGAGUCAGGAGAAAGAGAAAGGGAGAGAAAGAAAAUCCAGAACAAAAAUCUUGAGACCACCCACUCAUUUUUCCAUUCCCUCUCUCAGGGAUGCGUUGGACGCCCUUGGCCUGAAGCGCUACUGCUGUCGGAGGAUGCUCCUGUCACACGUGGAUUUGAUUGAAAAGUUGCUGAACUAUGCGCCCCUGGAGAAGUAGUAGCAUUGGCACCCUGGAACAGACCCACAAUGAGGCUGGAAGACACCCCCACCCCCGUGGAUAGAUAGAUAGUCUGUCUUCAGAUUGUAUCCAAACCAGGCACCUCCCACUGGAGGGUGCUGUUGUGCAAUGGAAGGAUUCUGUCUCAUUCAGUGAUGUGCAAUAAAGAACAUGGUGCAUAGGAGCACAUGCACUGUGUUCCCAAAAGAAUGAUACACACAAAUCUACUCUUGUGUUGUUUUUCAUGGGGUUUUGGGGGUGGGG